CGUCAACGGAGACGUCCGGUUCUUCGAGCCUCGAUCGCCGGACUCCAUCAGCGUCCUGCAGACCGUAAAGGGAUUAACGGCUCUGGACAUCCACCCUCAGGCCAACCUCUUCGCCUGCGGAUCGAUGAACCAGUUCAUAGCCGUCUACAACACUAACGGAGACGUGAUCAGCAACAUUAAAUACUACGACGGCUUCAUGGGGCAAAGAAUCGGUGCCAUCAGCUGUUUAGCCUUCCAUCCUUACUGGCCUCACCUGGCGGUCGGCAGCAAUGAUUACUACAUGUCCAUCUACUCUGCAGAGAAGAGGCUCAGAUAACACCAGCGCCCCCCUCCCUCCCCUGCAGGACGUAAAGGACGUUUCUCUUGUACAGAUCCUCCACCCACCGAAUGUUUCAGAGAUGGCUGCUGAUAAACCCGUGUUCAGAAUGACUCUAUACAUACAUAUAAAUAUCUAUAUUAGUAUUAUUGUUUAUUCUUAUUAUGGAGCUAAUGAUUGUCCACUUGGCUGCGCUGAGGAGUCUGUUUAUUUAAACAACAGCAGAAGAAGAAGAGGAUCUAUUUUAUCGAGCGCAGCGAGCAUCACUACCUGACUGAACUUUGACCUCACCUGUACGUGGCCCGGACUUUAACACACACACACACACACACACCUGAGGUUUCUGCCCUGCUGCCUGGAAGGACGGACCCUCCGCCUGCUCCUCCUCAUCCUCCUCAUCAUCACCGAGCUUCUCGCUGUGCCUCAGAGGCUGUUUCUGUUUUUACCUGAGCACCUGUUCAGAGUUUACGACACAUCCUCCUGUUUUCAUCAUCAUCCUGUAAUCGCUGCAGCUCCCCCCGCCUCCYUCGCUGACAGGAAGUGAUUAUUUGGUCAAACCGCAGGAGGUCAGCUGUUUUUCUAAUCGCUCUCAGGUUUGUUUGGUUUGGUUUAACCGCCAGUCUGCUGUGUUUUGGUCAUGUUCUGGAGAGCUGGAGAUGUUUCUCCAGGUUUCUCCAGGUCUUUGUGCAGAAUCAACGUGUCAAAUUUGUUACAAUUUGUUUCUAAUUUAUUAUUUUACUUCAUUCAUUUUGUUGGACGUUCCCUCCACGAUUGCCUCCUUUCAUGGCCCCGCCCCUCUGCAUCACGUGACCUCUCCCCCCUCCUCCUCCUGCAGAAGGAGUGAAGUUUAAAACCUCCCACGGCGUUCUCUGACCCUCGGCACCAGAACCACGGUCCGGCUUUGAGUUUUAAGGUUUUAGAUUGGAAGACAGAGAGUUUUUGUGGCAGCAGUAAAAGAAGGAAACAUUCAGAACAAUCAGGUUUGUCUGUGAGACUUCAGAUGGUUUCUGUGGUUUAGAAGAGUUGAAAUAAACCAAAUCCAACACCUGA